UACGGCGCACAAUCGGAAGUUUCUGCCCUUGGUUUCGCUGUGUUUAGAGAGCGGCAGAAGAGACCGCGUCGUAGAGACGCUCGUGCGGAGGCGGAGUGGUAGAGGAGGGAGUGUUAAGGGGCCGUUAGGGACACCCAAGCGGCAGGACACCUUUACAACCCCCACCAGAUCUGGACCACCUUCCUCUUGGCCCGCCUCUUCACCCCAACCCCACUUGAGUUUGGAGUGUCCCCGCCCCCUGACCUGAGCCUGGUCCGUCCUCAGGCGCCGACCCUUGACUUCGGGUGCUCCCCCAAUACCCUGGCGCUAUGGCUACGGGCGCGGAUGUACGGGACAUUCUAGAACUCGGGGGUCCAGAGGGGGAUGCAGCCUCCGGGACUAUCAGCAAAAAGGACAUUAUCAACCCGGACAAGAAAAAGUCCAAGAAGUCAUCUGAGACACUGACUUUCAAGAGGCCUGAGGGCAUGCACCGGGAGGUCUAUGCACUGCUCUACUCUGACAAGAAAGAUGCACCUCCACUGCUACCCAGUGACACUGGUCAGGGCUACCGCACAGUGAAGGCCAAGUUAGGCUCCAAGAAGGUGCGACCUUGGAAAUGGAUGCCAUUCACCAACCCAGCCCGCAAAGAUGGAGCCAUGUUCUUUCACUGGCGUCGGGCAGCAGAGGAGGGCAAGGACUACCCCUUCGCCAGGUUCAAUAAGACUGUGCAGGUGCCUGUGUAUUCAGAGCAGGAGUAUCAGCUGUACCUCCAUGAUGAUGCUUGGACUAAGGCAGAAACUGACCACCUCUUUGACCUCAGCCGCCGUUUUGACCUGCGUUUUGUAGUUAUCCAUGACCGGUACGACCACCAGCAGUUCAAGAAGCGUUCUGUAGAGGACCUGAAGGAGCGGUAUUAUCACAUCUGCGCCAAGCUUGCCAAUGUGCGGGCUGUGCCAGGUACAGACCUCAAGAUACCAGUAUUCGAUGCUGGGCAUGAGCGGCGGCGUAAGGAACAGCUCGAGCGUCUCUACAACCGGACCCCAGAGCAGGUGGCAGAGGAGGAGUACCUGUUACAGGAGCUGCGCAAGAUCGAGGCCCGAAAGAAGGAGCGGGAGAAACGCAGCCAGGACCUGCAGAAGCUGAUUACUGCAGCGGACACCACUGCAGAACAGCGGCGCACAGAACGCAAGGCCCCCAAGAAGAAGCUACCCCAGAAAAAGGAGGCUGAGAAGCCGGCUGUUCCUGAGACUGCAGGCAUCAAGUUUCCAGACUUCAAGUCUGCAGGUGUCACGCUGCGGAGCCAGCGGAUGAAGCUGCCCAGCUCUGUGGGUCAGAAGAAGAUCAAGGCCCUGGAACAGAUGCUGCUAGAGCUUGGUGUGGAGCUGAGCCCCACCCCCACCGAGGAGCUGGUGCACAUGUUCAACGAGCUGCGCAGUGACCUAGUGUUGCUGUAUGAGCUCAAGCAGGCCUGUGCCAACUGUGAGUAUGAGCUGCAGAUGCUGCGGCACCGGCAUGAAGCACUGGCCCGGGCAGGUGUCCUUGGGGGUCCUGCCACACCAGCAACAGGCCCAGUACCAGCCUCUACUGAGCCAGCAGUAUCUGAACCUGGGCUUGGCCCUGACUCAACCAAGGACACCAUCAUUGACGUCGUGGGUGCGCCCCUCACACCCAAUUCGAGGAAACGACGGGAAUCGGCCUCCAGUUCAUCUUCUGUGAAGAAAGCCAAGAAGCCAUGAGAGGCCACCUGGGGUGUGGGUGGUGCUAUGGUGUAAAUAGAGCUGCUGACCUGGACUAGGCUACUCCCACUUCCUUUCCCACACCCUGAUUUCCUCUUUAGGGAGGGUGGCUAGGCCUGGCAUCAGCUGCUAUCUGUGGUUGUGGUUGGGGCUGGCCUACAUUCAGGCUCUUGGCAUCAUCUCCCUAAUCCUGCCAGCAGUGCCAAGUUUUAUACUCCUGAUGGCCUUGCACAUAGUGCCUCCUGAGACGUCCACACAUCCCCAGACCUGUGUAUCUUCAGUGAGGAUGUCAAGCACUGCCAUUCAUAUAUUGGUAGCCUUGUGCACAAGAGGCAGCCUGAGUAUGCUCCAUCUUUACAGCCUGACAGCAUUAGCACAUAACAGCCUUUGCACACAUACCCAGGG